AUACUAUGAUCUUACUGCAUAUCAUAUCUCAAGACAGACCAAUAGGCCACACAAGGUGAUAGAUAGUUGAUGCUGACAACUACCACUUUUCCUAUUUUUCCUAUCUUUCUUCAUGUUUUCUUCUUUAUCCUCUUAACAACAAUACCUCAAAUUAAUCUACUUUCUUCAUCAUGACCGAAACCUCCGCAGUAUCAAGAGUAUUCUCAAUUCCAGAGCUUCUUCAUGAAAUUUUAUCUUAUCUUCCUCAACCUUGUCUAUUGCUUACAGUACAACUCGUUUGCAAAAAUUGGGCGAUAGCCCUCACCUCACCAUCACUUGGAAGAGCUCUUUGGUUUCGACCUGCAGUCCAUAACGGGCCAUCGACAUGGUCAAGUCUUUUAGAACAGCAAUUUGGUGUAUUUUUCGAUUUCAGCCUCACAUCGAAUCGUCAUGUAAUUGACUCAACCGCAUUUGACAAUCUACCUUGGAAGCGAAAUCUCAAGGCAUUUGUAAGUCUGCUUUUGAAGGAUUGAAUUUUUUUAUUUCCUUUACAAUUUUCAUGCUAUAUCACGAUUCUUUUUUUUUUUCAACCCUCGUGAUUGAAUAACUACCAUGUCCGCAACUUACUGACAUCAUGGUUUAGAAGAGAGCUGACGCAAGCUGGCGUGAUAUGCUCGUAUUCCAACCUCCUGCAUACGAAUUUGCGAUAGAGAGAAUCAAGCAUGAUCGAGGCGGUCUUUCGCGCCAAACAGUCAUUCUCCCUUGUCCAGAUGGCCUUCGCAUGGGAAUGGUUUGGGAUAUCGCCCAAGAAUGGUGCUUGAGGCGAAAACAUUGGUUACAAAUGACUGGUCCUGAGGAUGAAAAAGAGUAUCGAAACUCCGAGGUUGGAUAUGCAGAACCAAUGAUUCCAAAGAUGAUACUUCAUUGGCAUAUAACUUGCCCUCGUCGAGGUUCUCUGGCUAGUUUAGAAGAUGACUGGGUCAGUAGGGGCAGAAAGGAGUUUGACUUGUUUCAGCUAUAGAAAUUGAGGUUGUUCUAUAAGAAGGGGUUCCAUUUGAAAGCAAGCCAGCCAGAAGCUUUCAAAAGUUGGAAUCUAUCUUUUCACAACAGAGCAUAUCCUAAUCCCUAUAAAACUGUCGAUCACGAGGGAAGAUUCUAGGCGACACCUGUGCCUUUGUCUAUGGUGUCUCGCCUUCAUCUAUUCCACCUGUAUGAAAGGGCAAAGACAAGAUGGAUCAUGAAUAUGUUUCGUGAUAUUCCCUUCGUUGGUAUUGGCUCGCUCCGAAGUCGAACUUUUGAUUAUGAACUUCCUCACCAGAAAUUGCUUCGAAGAUCUCUGUAAGACGUAUCUAGGAGAUUUUAAAGCUAAGUGUUUCGAGGUUCAGGUACAAUGGCGAGCGAUUAUUUGUGAUCUCUAUAUGAAGUCGUCGAGAAUGAUCAUGGUAUCUAUUCCUUGCUUAAGGUUCGAUGGUGGAUGUAAUGAUCUGUGCUUAUUUUCUUAGCACUAUUUGUCUCGAAAAGAAGGGGUUUAGUCUCAGACGGGCGGAUAAUGAAGUCUUCAUGGAGAUUAUGUCCG